CGCCAAGCGAAAUUUGCAAGGCGCGCGUGGAAAAAAUUAUACUUAGAGUAAUAGGAGUAAAUUACAGUAAAGAAGUUGAUGAAAGUUAGUGCCAGCAGUGUUACAAGUUGCCAACUGCAUUAAGUUAUUGAUAACAUAUUAAUGUGCGUUGGUAAACAAGGUUUACAUAUCGCAGCUUGCAAAAAUUUGGGCGCCUUUAUUGGAGUGUGUCUGUGUCACCGUUUCCCAGUUUACCUUGUGCCUCUUUUGCAGCUUGUCGCGCGCAGACAUCGUUCGCACAUACUCAUAUUCAACUAAAUUAAAUCCUUAAGAAAUAAACAAAACUAAAAAUGCCGAUUUGCAAACGCGACGGUUUCGAUCUCAAUAAUACAGAAUCAAAAAAUGAGACAUUCCACGACAACGAGUUGGUAUUUUGCUGUUAUAUUACCAAGCGCAUAUUCCGCGAUUACGAACACUAUUUUCGACAUGUCAUGGCCAUUAACUCGACGGUUUGGCAGUGCGAGGCGACCGGUAAAGAUGGGCUCACCUACGAGGAGGCGCUUAAAAGUGAGCGGGUUGCCCGUAAAAAGAUGGAACAAUUCAAACAGAGUUUGCGUGCUCCCGUGCUCCUGGUUAUUGAGCAUGCGCGCCAAUCUGCCGUCAAGAUGCUUAAUUUGAUAGUGUCCAAGUUUCUGCGUAAACGUUUCUUCCUCAACGAGGAAGUCACCGUGGGACAAAAAAAGAACACAAUUUAUAAGGUGGUGGGCAUUAAACAGGCCAAGGAUAUGCCGGAGCCAAGUAAUGGUGUAUAUGAGGAUACCGAACAGCUCGAGUAUCGUCUCCGGGCACCUAACGGCGAGGAGAUUAAUGUGACUUUCGAGCAGCUUCGUCGCCAGCGAGCCGAGUUCAAUAUGGAAAAUCUGGCCAUGUUCAUCAAAAACAGCGUAAUUCGUGUAGACGGGAUACUGCGUCCCAAACCCGAGAUAUACAAACAAUAUGUUACUGAACCGAACCUGAGUUUUCCCAGCAUUUUCAUUGGCAAAAUGCCACGUUAUUCGCCAGCUAAAAUCAAACGUCCCGAGGCUAAGGAUGCCAAAAAGCAGUCCACACUGAAUAAAUAUAUUGUUAAGGGCGAGGAAUCGGUAGCUAAGAAAAAGGAAUCCGACGAAGCCCGUGCCAAAUCGCUGGCUGAUGAAAUGGAGCGAAUUCGAUUGGAAAAGCAAGCGAAAUUUUUGGAAAUGGAGAUGAAGAAGGCACAAAAGAAGGCGGAACUUAUGCAACGUGUUGAGCAGGAAUGCCAAUAUUUGACCACCAAAACGGAUGAUCUGGAGCGGAACGAUCAGCGUUUGUUGCCAACGUAUCAACCAAUUGUCACACUACUCCCGGAGCUGAUCCUGGGCGAUGUCUUUGUGCUGCGCGAAUUCAUGCACACGUACAGUGGACUGUUGUCCGGCGUGGAGGUGUUCCGUCAGAAUCUCAGCUUCUACGAAAUGUCGCGUGCAUUUAGUGCACGCGAAGUGGCUGGACCACUCUCAGAUAUUCUGCUUGUGCUGCUGGGCACCAUAUUUGAUCUGCAAAAGGAGGAAGAGGAUGAGUGUCCCGUCAACUAUGUGUUGGGAUAUGCUGCGGCGUUGCGGGAACCCUUCAUCAGCAUGAGCAACGCCUCGCGAACUCAGUUAUAUGUGAAGCGACAUUUUUCCUUUAAACUGAACGAGUUGCCAAUGGAUGCACUUACUCUGAGCGAAGUCUUGCGCCUACAUUUACUGGCAUCCGGCGCGAAUGUCUCGGACAAGCCCGACAAAUGGCGAAUCAUGUACCGCAACGGAUACUCUUCGCGUGAGGAUCCUGGCCUGCAGCUGCGAAUCGAGCAUCCACGUAUAUUGCAUGCCCUCAAGACGCUUCCCAUCGCUCAGCUGGAGUUUGGAGACAUUAUUCGUAUUGCAAACUGUCUGAUGUCACAGAUUUUGAGCUACUCGGCCACCAUUAACAUCGUCGAGGAGCGCAUGGAGAAAAUGUCUAAAGCCAAGGUGGAACUACGUGCACUAAUCUUGGCCGAGAAUCGACGUGUGGCUGCCGUCGAGGGGAACAAGCGGAAGCUCACAAACGAACACCAUCAGCAGUGCAUGACGCAGGAGCUGAAACUGGACACCGGCAAGAAAGAGGAGCUAGCGGAGCAGCUAAAUCGUCGCAUUGCUGAGCUGAUGGCGCAGUCAGAACGAGAGCAUCGGAAGCACGAGCAGCAAGUGAUGAAAUUGCACUCGGAGUUGUUUAACUUUUUAGUUUACUUGGGCAUGGAUCGUUGCUAUCGCAAGUACUAUGUGCUAGAGUCCAUGCCCGGCAUCUUUGUAGAGCAUACGCCGGAUAAUACGAUGGAUACAUGCCUGGAGCAACCACCGCAGAACAUAUCGCCAGCCGAAAUCCGUAAGCAGGCACAGCUGCCCAAACAGCGUAAGGAUCUGCGCACGUAUCUAGUCAAGCUAUACGGGGAUUCGGAUAAAAAGACACGCAAGAGCGCCAAUAAACAAUCACUCGAGAACAAAGAGAACCAGGAGAAUCGUCUCAAUGGCCAUGGGCAAUCCUCAGAGCCCAUGGACGUCAGCGGGGGCGACGAUGAGGAGCAGACGCCUCCAACUCAGAGCGAGCUUCUUAUGUGCAGCGGCGAUUCCAGCAAUUGUAUUGUUCAUAAUGAUCACCAUGCCCAGCGACGGGUCUGGACAUAUUUGUACAAGACGGAAGACAUUGAUGCAUUGAUUAGAUCGCUAAAUCCGCUGGGUUGGCGUGAAUCCGAGCUGCUGGACGAGCUCACCCAGCUUCGGGCAUUGAUCGUACAGCAUGUGAAGAACUGCUCUGAGGAUAUGCUCAACUUGGACACGGAUAAGAAGCGAGAGAAAUUCAUGAGUGCAAUGCAUACGGAAACUCAUCGGAAAUACAACCAGGCCAACUUUGGAUUACCCGACGAUAUUAAUAUCAAUGAGGUGAUGCGCCUUCAUCUCGUUGAUCGUAUUCUACAGUUCGAGCAUGAUAUUUUUUCCGGUGACUUGGGCAAACUUAAUGUAAAGGAUAUGGAAAAGUGGCGCCAGCAACUUCUAAAGGACGAAUAUGAUCCUCAGGGCAAGCUGCAGUGGGGACCUCGCAUGUUGCACAACGAUGAGGCGACCGGCGAUUCGGAUCAUGAAUCGCAUGAGGAUUUCGAUGAUCAGGAUGAUGAAAAUGAUGAGGCCGCAAUGCUGAGGGAGCUGGGUCGAAAGUAUGGCAGGUAUCGGGAUCCAGGUCAAUAUAUUGACGCAAUUGAUGGCUUAUCCGAAACCGAAUCCGAAUCCGCUACAAAAGCACAUCAGACUCAGGUGCGAAACUUGGCCAGCGCGUUGUUGCAGGUGGAACAGGCAAUUGGUCGUCGAUUUAUGAAGGAACCCUUUGGAAUGAAUAUGAAGCGAGAUGCGAAGCAGGAAAAUCUGAAGCUCAUCUGCGAAGCCAGACUGCAGCAAUGGGAAGUGUCGCUCAUGGAAAGCACCAACUAUUCCCAGAUCUUUCUCCAUCUGAAUGUCUUGAAUGAUUGCAUCCUCUGGCGACGUUCCACAAAUAAAUCUCUGUGUAAGGUGUGUCGUCGCGGCACCGAUCCGGAGAAGAUGCUGCUCUGUGACCAGUGCAAUGGUGGCACCCACAUGUUCUGUAUGAAACCAAAGAUGCGCACAGUCCCUGAGGGCAACUGGUAUUGUCACACCUGUGUACGUGAGCUUGGAUUGACCAAUGCCAAGAAUCAAAGCAGCAAACAGCAAAAGAAGCGAAAAUUUAUUGUCGACGAAGUGGAUGAUGAUGUCGACGAAGGUGUCGAUGAUGGCGACGAAGACGACGACAAUGACACAGAUGAGGAUGCUGACGAAGAUGAGGCUGAUGUCAGCGACAGACAAGAUAAUAAUAGCGAAGCAUCCUCCACGGCCACAUCCGUCAAGGCUAAUGGCAAGGCGGCAGCAACAAGACGCUCCAGUAGACGUUCCGGCAAACGAUUGAAAUCCAAAGAAAUUGAAGAUAUUAUCGAAGGUGAUGAUAGCGAUCAGGCCGAUGAGAGCUCCGUUGAAGCAGAAGACAAUGAGGAGAACGAGGAGAAAGAUGAAGAGGAAACCGAGGAGGACAAGGCGUGCCAAGUCUGUUUCUACGAUGGCUGCGAAAUAAGCUGUGUCCGUUGCUCCGAAUGGUAUCAUCUGGAGUGCGUCAAGCUAAAGCGACAGCCGCGAACGGAUUUUGUGUGUAAAAAGUGCAAAUCAAAUGAAACCCAACGACCAAGACGCCGUCCCAGUCAUGUUGAUGGUGAUGCCGACGACGAUGAUGACGAGCCACAGGCGAAACGUUCGCGCUCCUCCCGCAACUCGAUGCGCAUUUCCCUGGAGAAGUCUGCUGCCAAUAACAAUAACAACAAUAAUAAUAAUAACAACAAUACUAGUAAUCAGAAUAACAAUCGUCGUUCGGGACGUCGCACCAAUGACAAUCUACCAUUAAAUAGCGCCGCCUUAUAUUAUCUGCUCGAGCAGACGAUGAAACAGCAGGCGGCGUGGCCAUUCCUUCGCCCAGUACUCUCCUCCGAGGUGCCCGACUACCAUAAGAUUAUUAAGUCGCCCAUGGACUUGGCCAAAAUCAAGUCAAAGCUAAACAUGGGCGAAUAUCAGCUAAACGAGGAGCUGCUCAACGAUAUUCAGCUUGUAUUCAAGAACUGCGACCUCUACAACGUCAGAGGCAAUGAGAUAUACGAUGCUGGCUGCAAGUUGGAACGCUUUGUCAUGGAUCGCUGCAAGGAUAUGAUGCUGCCGUUUAGGCCAAGUGACAUGAAUGCAGAAGCAAUAUGCUGAGCCGCCUCGUGUCUCUCAACCCCCAACCCGCGAUCGUGUAAAUUGAUUUAUUAAAUUUAGCUUUAGGCCAUAGACAAACAUGUCAGCGUACACAAUUAGACAGUAUUGUUUACUUUACCAGUUAUCAGCCGCAUUCUU